AUGGCUUCCAAGACUCUCUCAAAACCCGUCUCUUUGGACUCGUCGUCGGAUGACGAAGCUCCCGAAUCCUUCACCCUCUCGACCUCGAAAUCAAUAUCGAAACAGCAAACAGCACGUCUCGCCGCGGCCAAUGCCUCCGUGAAAUCGAAGAAAAAAGAGAAGAAUCGGGAGAGGGAUCGGAAAUUGAAGGAGAGAGCGGAGGCAACUCGCGGCGAGAUUGCGGAUUCAGGACGAGCGGGAGACGAUGAGGAAGGAGACGAGGUCACCGUUCGAGAGUUAAAGCAGCGGAAGGCUCAGGCCGAGGAAGAGGUACAGAAUGGCGACAACGCCGAAGAUAUAGUCGAUCGAAAUCAGUUACGCAGCUCUCUCGAUGCUGAGGACGAUGGUGACGAGCCUGCUUUAUCAUCGAUUCCCAAACGUCUACCAGACCACUUGUUUAAGUCUGCAUUUUCUCAGUCCCUCCCUUCCACGUCCACGUCGUCCACUUCUUUCACUUCUAAACCUUCCGAGGACCGACGAAAGCGCAAGACCGCUGCUAAAAGAAAGGCGAAGGACCUCAUUGUCGGAUCCCGCGUCAUUCGUACGCUCUCCGCGACCACUACCGUCCCAGACACAUCGAGGACAAUACCUUCUGCGAAGGUUCGGAAAUUCGUGGACCGCAACCUGGCGUUGAAAGCUAGUAAGCGAUCAAAGUCAUGGCAAAGGGUGCCCGCGAACCUCGGGGUGAUGAAACGCAACGGCCCGGCGGCUCGGUUUGUUAGAAACCCUGUACCAUCAUGA